AUGUGUUUAUGUCAUCUUUUAAACAAUAACACAUACUCUACUUUAGGAAUGUUAAUCUACUUGUUAGGUACAAGCAUAGCAGCAUGUGUAGGUGACUGGACAGUGGAACUGGAAUACUCCCUGAAUGACACUUACUCGUUGGGGAAAAUCGAUUUGCGAAAAUCUUACGAUGGAAACUAUACUGCUACAUUCCAAGCAUCUAGCGAUAGUCGUUUGGGUGAACGAAUGAGCAGUGAUCCUUCAUCAACAUAUCGAGUGCUCGCAAGAAGUUCAACUCAUCCGAGCGGUCAACUCUGCUUAUUGCUACAAUCGAACUUGUUUCACUUCUUCUGGAUAUCAAUUGAUCCAGAACGACAGCUCGUUCAGUCAUUAACUGUGUUCCCAGACAUAAUUGCUGCUGGUGGUGCACCAUUAGAUUCAACUCGUAACUGUUGUCAACAAUCAUUCGCGACUUUCGCUGAACCGAAUGCUGUUGUACAUGUGAGCAGUAAAGGAACACUCCCAACACCUGAUAGUCAGUUGUUUGUACAAAUGAUGGAACGUGAACGACGAACAAGACAACAUGGUGCCGAAGCCGAUGAUCGAAGUUUUCUUGGGAAAUACUGGAUGUAUAUUGUUCCUGUCGUAAUAUUUGUUGUGAUUUCUAAUGUUAUCACUCCCGAAGGUGGAGGUGAAGGAUAG